GAUGCCAUUUAGGCCGCCAGGAGCGCUUUUCCGAGAGGUCCUUAAUGUGCGUGGCUUUGUCGCAGAUGCGUUCCGACGAUGGGAUUUGAUCGGAGACGUCCUUCAAUAAAGUUGGAUGUUUUCAUUGUAUUUCUGCGCGAUCUUUCCUCACGUCCGGGCCGAACGUAAAAAGCGGCUCAUCUUACCGCACUCCGGCGACGUGCUGAUUUACACGCCGACAUUGUUCACACUCUACACACCCUCAAUGCAAUGUACACACCCGCGCCCACGCGGUGUUUAGCGCGUAUCGUGUGUUGCGCGACGCACCUCCACAUGCGCGCAGCCGGCGCGUCGUCCAUCUCGCUGCGCGUCCGAGACGUGAAAGAGAAGUUUGGGACGCGUGUCGGAGUUUUUCAUCUCUCGGAACUGCUGCUGAAGCUCCCCGGUGGUCAAAUGCGAACCUCCUCCUGACACACGCGCGCACACAAUGCCGUGAGUGUGUGAGGAAAGGGUCAAAAGAUGUCCGCCGAGUCGAGCGCAAAAAGUGUCGCCGUCACCUGUAGAUCGCCGCAUGGUGUCCGUCCGUGUCUUGACGACUUUCUCAUUAAAAGAAACUGAAACCUCCUCACUCCAUCUUCACUUCCUCUUUUCCAGUAUCUGCGUGUGCGCGCGCGAGGCAACGAAGCAGGAAGAAGUCGACCGACACGUCAAUCCAAGAUGGCUGCCGGCGUGUCUGUGCGCUCUGAACCCGUGCGCCGCGUUUGCAUUCGUCUUAAGCGAAAUCACGGACUGGGAAAGACUCGCUCGCUCCUUUCAAAGGAGUUUCCGGACCGCUUCGACGGACGUUUCAAACUCGGCUCGCUCGCCGUCGGCCGGUCUCGACCGGGCCUUCGCCGGCCUCGACCGGGCCUCCGGCUCGCUGCGGUCCGUUUCCGGACGACGAGGACAAAGACGCCUUGACGUGCGCGUUUUCACGCAUCCGCGCGGUUGGCGUGUCGAGUCGAUCGGAGCAGAAGAAGAGGAGACGAUGCCGCGCGCAGACCGACUCCCGGUCCCGGUCCCGGUCCUGGUCCUGGUCUUGACGAUGACGACCUUCGUGCAGCGAGGCGGCGCUCUCCGCUGCUACCGCUGCUCCGACUACACCGGCCGAUGCGACGACGUCCACGAGUGCGCGUACGAGGACGCCUGCCUGACCCUCGGCGUCCAAGGCGGCAAGACAGUGCGCCAGUGUAUCCGCUACACGGACUGCGACAACUCUCGCUUGUCCCAGAUGUUUCCGUCCAUGUCGUCGUUUUCGUACCGCUGCUGCAACAACAACUUGUGCAACUCCAGCGGUGCGGUGGGCGUGGCCACACCCGGCCCGCUGCUGCUGAUUGGCUGGCUGCUGAGUGCGCUCGCGCCCUGGCUGUGAGGUCGAACGACCUCCGGGUGGGAAGUCAAUAAAGACGAAAA